AUGGUUGCUGUCAAAAACGGCAUUUGUAGGAUUGCUACAAAUAGCAUUGGUAUGAUACUCUUUAGAUUUCACUUGUUAGACAAAUCCCGUGUCAAGAGACCAGAACUGGUUGUUAUUAAAUCAGGGCAAGACUGCUACUUUCCAUGUUGUGGUUUAGAAACAGCCGUAAAGAAAUAUGAAUGUAAAGUGAUAUUUUAUGUUUCUCAGCAGGCAAUUAUACUCUCCGCUCUUGUGGCCGUUGCCCUCUCCCGCCCUGAAAACGCACCAUCCUAUAGCUAUGGUGUCACAACGCCGUCCUAUGGAUAUGGUGUAACAACGCCCCCUUCAGCUCCCGCCAAGUACGAUUUCAACUACGCCGUUAACGACCCACCAUCUGGCAACGACUUCGGCCAUCAGGAGGCCCGAGAUGGCCCCAAUACUCAGGGUUCCUACUACGUCCUACUUCCUGACGGUCGUCUUCAAAGGGUUACCUAUACUGUCAACGGCGACUCCGGUUACGUGGCCGAUGUCACCUACGAGGGUGAUGCUACACCACGCCCCUAUACACCCGCUCCCCAGUAUGCUUAGAGAUUAUU